GCCCCGUCCCUUCCAUCCGCCUGCGAUGGCGGGCUCCCGGGGACGCGGCUCCCAGCCCCAGCGCCGCCGCUCCGCGCAGCCUGCGGUGCCGGAAAGGCGUUACCCGACGCGCGGCGGCAGCGACGGGCCCGAGCACCGCGCACAUCUGCCCCCGCCCUCCUCAGGCUGAGCUGGGCUCGCUAUGGCGGCCGUGGCGCGGCCGGCGCUGGCGCGGGCCCUGCUACAGCAGUGCACGUCCGCCCGGCUGCAAGUGAAGCCGCCCGAGCACGGCGCCGAGGCCGAGUGGGUGGAGAUCCAGAGGGGGCUUGUUAUCUACAUAUGCUUCUUCAAAGGUGCUGAUGAGGAUCUUGUUCCAAAAAUUGUCAAUAUGCUGUUGAGUGUUAAAUUAAGUGAAAAUGAAAGCGGCGAGUACGUUUCUGUUCUUGAUUUACCAGGCGACGUGCUAAUCAUACCACAAGCUACCCUGGGUGGUAAACUGAAGGGAAAGAAGAUGCAGUACCAUGCAAACAUUGAAAAAGAAAAAGGACUGGAACUUUAUUCUCAGUUUGUGACUUUGUGUGAAAAAGAACUGUCUGCCAGCACCAAAUGUGCAGAGGCAGGUGUUCUUGUCAAGCACGGCACAUAUGGAAACAGGCAGGUGUUAAAACUGGAUACAAAUGGACCGUACACUCAUCUGAUUGAAUUUUGAAAGAAAUAAAUGAUAUCCUGGGUACAGUA